UUUCAAUGGAGAGUUUGUCAUCUAAAUAUUUGAUGUGGGUUUUUAUACUACUCUUGGUUCAAAUAUGUGGAUGCAAAGGUUGCAUCGAAGAAGAGAAGAUGGGUUUGCUUGAAUUCAAGGCUUUUCUUAAAUUGAAUAAUGAGCAUGCAGAUUUUCUUCUCUCUUCAUGGAUAGAUAACAACACUAGUGAAUGUUGUAAUUGGGAGCGGGUUAUUUGCAAUCCCACCACAGGUCGAGUUAAGAAGCUUUUCCUCAAUGAUAUAUCGCGACAACAAAAUUUCUUGGAAGACGAUUGGUACAAUUAUGAAAAUGUCAAAUUCUGGUUACUAAAUGUCUCCCUAUUCCUUCCUUUUGAAGAACUUCACCAUCUAAACUUGUCUGCAAACUCAUUUCAUGGGUUUAUUGAGAAUGAAGGAUUUAAAGGGUUAUCAAGUUUAAAGAAAUUGGAGAUCUUGGACAUAAGUGAAUUAGCUAGUUUGAGAAAUUUGGAAGUGUUGGAUCUAAGCUAUAAUGAUUUGGAAAGCUUUCAACUAUUGCAAGAUUCAAAAAGCUUGUCCAUAUUCAAAAAGCUCGAGACCUUGAACCUCAAUUACAACAAGUUCAAAAACACUAGCCUACAACAAUUGAAUAUAUUUACAUCCCUUAAAAAUCUUUUUCUAAGAUGGAACAAGUUUGAAGGAUUUUUUCCGAUCCAAGAAUUAUGCACUCUAGAAAACUUGGUGAUGUUGGACCUAAGUGGGAAUUUCUUUAUUGGCAUGCAAGAUUUUGCAAGCUUAAGCAAUUUGGAGGUAUUGGAUUUGAGUGAUAAUUCAUUUAGUGGGAUCCUUCCAUCGUCUAUAAGAUUGUUGUCUUCUCUCAAGUCUUUAUCCCUGGCUAGAAAUUACCUCAAUGGUUCCUUACCAAAUCAAGAUUUUGCAAGCUUAAGCAAUUUGGAGCUAUUGGAUUUGAGUUAUAAUUCAUUUAGUGGGAUCGUUCCAUCGUCUAUAAGAUUGUUGUCUUCUCUCAAGUCUUUAUCUCUGGCUGGAAAUCACCUCAAUGGUUCCUUAGCAAAUCAAGAUGCUUUGGUCAUAUCGGAUUUGGAGAUUUCAAAACUGAGCACAAUGUGA